AUGGGUACUUAUAGGAAGAGGUUUAACGAAAAGGCAAGAGCUGGUCAAAUAGCCAAGCAGGAUGAGUUGAAAAAAAUUAGAAAUAAACAGUUUCUAAGGGCUGCAGAAGAUGCAGAAGAUGCAGAAGAUGCAGAAGAGGUGCCGGAGGCAUCUAAGGAAUCUCAAGGGCCAGAUACUAAUGCUGAAAUUCUGCCGCCUAUGAGCCAAGAGGAGAAAGCUUUAAAGAAGCGAAAAUUGCAAGAACUAUUCACGCCAAAGGAAACAAAGGUCUCUAGGCUCAAGAGGAAAAGACUGGAUAAAUUCAUAGAGCAUCAAUUGAGGAAAGAGGAAAAAAAAGAUAUUAUGAAUAAAUUGCAAGACUACAAGAUAGAUACUUCACUCCUGACCAGUUCUAAAAAAUUGGGACAUGGUAAGCAGACGAAGAAGGAGGAAUUUGAAGAAGCAUUAAGCCUGGAGAGGCAAGGCAGAGGUGAUGAGGAUACGAAGGAAAUUUUAUAUGAGGAGCAUGAUCAGAAAGAUUGGUUUCAAGACCAUCCAGAGGAUGCUCAGCAAGAUGAAAGUGAAAAAAGUGGAGAUGAAGAUGAAGGUGAAGGUGAAGGUGAAGAAAGAAAAUCGGCGUUUGUAGAUUUUAGGCCUGCGCAAGGAACUGGUAUGGGAUUUGGAUUCGCGAAUGCUAAAGUAGUCCAUAAACACAAGGCUCCUAAGAAAAAAUAUCAUUGGAGAACACUAGUGGAAAUGGAAGAGAAAAGGAAACAUGGUAUAGAGGAUGAAAUGGAUUUUGCGUCUAGUGGUAGUGACUCGGAGGAUAAGUCUUCUGAAGAGGACUCUGGAGACGAGGACUCCGGAGCUGAUGACGAAGAAGAAGUGCAAGAACAUGCCGAAGUUGAUAAAGAGGAGAACGCUGAGGUAUCUGAUAGUUCUGAAGAGCAUCAAGAAGAAAGCUCUGAUGGCGAAAGCGAGAGUAGUGAACCAGUCAAUCCAGAAGAACUUGCAGCGGAAAGACAGACAACCGCUGAUACUUUCAAAGAAUGGGCUAAUGAGCAAAUAAGAGAAAUGGAUGGAGGAAAUGUUGAUGUGGAGAUGCCCUCAUUGGACUUCAAGUAUGAGCCAAUUGUGAGGGAGGAAGAUUUAGAUGAUGGAUUAGGUUCUGAAGAUGUUCCCAUAGAUGAAUCUUCUAAGAGGAAGGCAUUUUAUGUACCAGUAACAAGACCUGAAGAAAUUCAGGCCGUUAGAAUGCAGCUUCCUGUCUUUGGUGAAGAACACAAAAUUAUGGAAGCUAUACAUCAUAAUGAUGUAGUUAUCGUCUGUGGUGAAACUGGUUCAGGUAAGACGACCCAGGUUCCGCAAUUCAUGUACGAAUCUGGAUUUGGAUCUCCCGAAUCUCCUGACCAUCCUGGUAUGAUUGGUGUUACUCAGCCAAGAAGAGUUGCUACAGUGGCCAUGGCUAAUCGUAUAUCUAAUGAGCUGGGUGAUCACAGCGACAAGGUCGCAUAUCAAAUAAGGUUCGAUUCCUCUGUCAAAGACGACACAAGGCUUAAAUUCAUGACCGACGGUGUUUUGCUCAGGGAAAUGAUGCAUGAUUUUAAAUUGUCUAAUUAUUCAUCUAUCAUUAUCGAUGAAGCACAUGAAAGAAAUAUCAAUACUGAUAUUCUUAUUGGUAUGCUUAGCCGUUGUGUAAAGCUGCGUGCCAGGGAACAUGCCAAAAACCCUGAACAAAAUAAGAAACUUAAGUUGGUUAUCAUGUCGGCAACUUUGAGGGUUGCUGAUUUUAGCGAAAAUCUUUCACUGUUCUCAACACCACCUCCAGUCCUGAAUGUAGAGGCAAGGCAGUUCCCCGUAUCUGUGCACUUUAACCGCCGUACUCCCUAUAAUUAUGUUGAUGAGGCUUUCAAAAAGACUUGCAAGAUUCAUCAAAGGCUUCCACCAGGCGCCAUCUUAGUGUUCUUGACGGGACAACAAGAAAUCAACCAUAUGGUCAAAAAGCUCAGGAAAGAAUUUCCUUUCCCCAAAGACACCAAUAAUAUCGGCAGGAAAGAUAUGCAGUCAUCAUCUUCUAAUGUAAAGGUUAGCUCUAAAAAUGUGGACUUGGAGGCCGAAGAUAUAGAUUUAAGCGUCAAAGUUGUAGAUGAAGAUAAUAUGGGGUACAUCGAAGGUGAUAGAGGUGAAGACGAAGAGGAAGAGGAAGAGGAAGAAGGUUUUGAAGAGACAUUAGAGGAAAAUCAAACCCCCAAUGAUCCGCUUUAUGUUCUGCCGCUAUAUUCUUUAUUGUCAACGAAGGAGCAAAUGAAAAUUUUCAAGGAACCCCCUGCCGGUUCAAGAUUGUGCGUAGUGGCGACUAACGUUGCUGAAACCUCGUUAACCAUUCCAGGUGUUAGAUAUGUGGUGGAUUGUGGUAGAUCCAAGGAGCGUACUUACAAUGAAUCGAAUGGUGUGCAAAGUUUUGAAAUUAAUUGGAUUAGUAAAGCAAGUGCAGAUCAGAGAUCUGGUAGAGCAGGUCGUACAGGACCUGGUCAUUGCUACCGCAUAUACUCUUCAGCUGUUUUUGAAGAAGACUUUGAACAGUUUUCACGCCCAGAAGUUCUUCGAAUGCCAGUCGAAAGUGUGGUAUUGCAGAUGAAAAGUAUGGCAAUUCAAAAUGUCAUCAAUUUCCCAUUUCCGACUCCUCCAGAUCCAAGAACUUUAUCGAAAGCUGUCAAACUUUUGCAAUACUUGGGAGCUCUUGAUUCUAGAGAGAAAAUUACAGAGGAUGGUAAAACAAUGAGUUUGUUCCCUCUUUCACCAAGAUAUUCGAAGAUUUUGCUGGUUUCUACAGAACAUAAUUGUUUGCCUUAUGCGAUCUCCAUCGUGAGUGCACUUUCAGUUGGUGAUCCUUUCUUGAAGGAGCAUGAAAUUGGUUUGGACUUUGAAAAUUCUGAUAGUGAAGAGGAAGAUAGUGAUCAAAAGAAACUGCUACGUCAACGUUAUUACAAGAGCAAAGCCAAGUUUAGCAAACUGGACAAGCAAUCAGACGUAUUCCGUCUUUUAAGCGUGGUGAGUGCCCUGGAUUUCAUUCCAGAGAAAGAAAAGGCGUCAUUUAUGCGUCAGAAUUUCUUGAGAGCCAAAUUUCUCGAAGAAAUUGCCAAAUUACGCAAGCAACUCACCUAUAUCAUUAAAUCUAAUACUACUCAGGAGAACGUUGCCGCUCGUGUAGUUGAUCAAGAUCUUAAAUCAGAUCUGCCGACUGAAUUACAACUGAAGAUGUUGAAACAAAUGAUCUGUGCUGGUUUUGUCGAUCAAGUGGCUAUAAGAGCGGAUUAUUUGUUCCCCGAAGAUGUUAAAUUAACGAACAAGAUGACCAUUAUCAACAUUCCAUAUGUUAAUGUGCUGGCACCCAAAUCACCAGAAAUGGAGGAAAACUUUGUAUACAUUCACCCAACUUCUGUCUUAUCCAAUUCGGGAGAAUCUCCGCCAAAGUUCCUAGUUUUCCAUUCCCUACAUCAAGGUAAUAGCAGCCGUACAAGGAUGAAUACAUUAUGUGACAUCAAGAGUACACCAUUAGCUAAUAUCGCUGGCAAAGGUUCAUUGCUCACUUACAGUAAACCUUUGACGGGUAAAGGGCUAAAUACUAUUACCGUGUCGCAUAAAGAGAGGUACUGUUACGUGGUUCCUCGAUUUGGGUCAUCGGUGGACAGCGAUUUGAGUAUUUCUUGGGAUCUGAACCCUAUAGCCGUUCAUCAGGUUAAAGAGAAUGGUCAAUGGAUAGUGAAAAAAUUCAUUACGAAUAAAAAUUUUGAAGAAGAGAGAAAUAAGCAUAACCAAUGA